CCGAGAUCUCCUUUCGUGGUCUGCUCUCAGGAGCCGCCGGGGACCUGAGAUGCGUCACACCCAACCUCUGAUCUUAGUGUGUUUAGUUACCGACGAUGGACACGAAUUCUCAUGCAGCAGAAAGCAGAGGCACUCAGGCCGGUUGUGAAGGUCCCUUGAAACGACUGCAGUCCCUCCUGACAUUUGAAGCAGCCUCCUUUUGCUUUAAUUUUUUCCACAGCAACGCUUAGCUCAUGCCAGGAGGCGUGGCUUUGGCAGAGCUGCCUUGUUUUUUCCGGAGUUAGCUAUUCUCUCCACAUCACUGCGCAUCCCGGCUCCUAAAAUCCUGCAGAGUUUGGAGAAAUUAUGUCUUGGCACCCAACCUACUUUCCUGGAACGCGGUGUGGUGCUGACGGCAGGGCCGGCCGCGCCACUUGACAGUGACGUCGCUGUCUUGUUUCUCCUGAGUGUUCACCUGUGAGUAACAGCCGAAGCGGAAAGCCUUGCUGAGCACAGCUUCCUGUACAUUUAGGCUUCUGCUCACUGCUUUUCGAAUGGCAGCAGUGAAUAGUCGAUCGGAUCAGGAUGAGUCAUCUGGCUGGCCAAUCGCGACUGGAACAGUUCUCCACACCUGACUUGGCAGCACUGUUACGAAGUGUGGCAGGAUAGACCUGCCAAGCUCCCGUCACCUUCUCACUGGGAUGCUGUGUGGAGGAGAUGACAGCCAACUGCUCCGGCAGCUCUGCCUGUCCUGCCAACGGCUCAGAGCAGGAGCUGCCCGGGAUGCCAGGGGCACACGGGAGCCUAGAACUAGUCUUCACCAUGGUGUCCGCUGUGAUGAUGGCCGUGGUCAUGUUCUCUCUGGGCUGCUCCGUGGAUGUUCAGAAGCUCUGGUGGCAUCUCAGGAGACCCUGGGGUGUUGCUGUGGGACUGGUCUGCCAGUUCGGGCUGAUGCCGCUGAUAGCCUACCUCCUGGCCCUCAGCUGCUCCCUGAAGCCAGUCCAAGCGGUCGCCGUCCUCAUCAUGGGGUGCUGCCCUGGGGGGACCGUGUCUAACAUCUUCACCUUCUGGGUGAAUGGAGAUAUGGAUCUCAGGCAUUUUGGAAUCAAUGUGCUGGCAACGGUGCCUGAAUUCUGCAUCUCUGAUGGUGAUCACAGUCACUCUCCCAGGCCCGGCUCAGCGUGGCAUCCCCUGGGACGCCCCUUCUUCCUCACCUUACUCCCCCAAUCCGCAGCCCAUCCUCCUGUGACUCCCCAUCCAUCCCUGCAGCCACACCUGCAGGCCAGACCCUGCCAUGCUCUUUCUUGGCCAACUUCUGUGUCUUCACACCUCGGCUCAGCACUCUGUCUCUCUGCUAUGGUCUGCCGUAAGUGGGUAAGGCCGACAGCCUUUAUCCAAACUUCAAAGAGGUUCUCCUUUUGCAUCACCAUGACCACCUGCUCCACAGUGGCUGCCCUGGGAAUGAUGCCCCUCUGCCUUUAUCUCUACACCCGGUCCUGGGAUCUGGCCCAGAAUCUCACCAUUCCCUAUCAGAACAUAGGGAUUACUCUGCUGUGUCUGACCGUCCCGGUGGCCUUUGGCAUCUAUGUGAACUACAAGUGGCCAAAACAAUCGAAAAUCAUCCUCAAGGUUGGAGCCAUUGUUGGUGGGCUCCUCCUCCUGGUGGUCGCAGUCGCUGGUGUGGUGCUGUCUAAGGAAUUCUGGAGUUCAGAUACCACCCUUCUGACCAUAAGCUUCCUCUUCCCUUUGAUUGGUCACGUUGCCGGCUUCCUGCUGGCUCUCCUUACCCACCAGUCCUGGCAAAGGUGCAGGACAAUUUCCUUGGAAACCGGAGCUCAGAACAUCCAGAUGUGCCUCACCAUGCUCCAGCUGUCGUUCACUGCCGAGCACCUGGUCCAGAUGUUUAACUUUCCACUGGCCUACGGCUUCUUCCAGAUGCUGGAUGGAUUUCUCAUUGUUACAGCAUAUCAGGUAUACCAGAAACUGAAGAACAAACACAGACAGAAGAGCCCAGAUUGCGCAGAAGUCCCCGCUGAGCAGAAACCCAAAGAGACCAGUACCUUCUUGGAGUGGGAUGAAGCAGUGGCUGUAACCCCUGGGCCAUCUGGGUCAGGAGGUCACCGUGGAGCUCUGGGGCCAAGCAGCCCCCUUACUUCCUGCGAAUAGUGUGGACUUACUGGCCAGACAGGUCCUCUGCCUUCCAGAGCAGCCAGGAAAGAUGGUGAGAGCUGCUUCCUGGAUCCCCUUGGCAGAGUCUUGUGAACGUUUGAACAUCAAAUGUUAGAAACCUCGUUUGAAUUUUUGUGUGGUUUGUGAGCUGCAGCCAGAUCACCUUCUGAGGUGUUCUGCCCUUUCAAGGAGCUCUUUGGGGUCGACACGAUAGGGUCACUGCAAGUGUUCCUGCCAAAGGGGUGGGACCUUCAAUGCCAGAGGCACCCUUCCAGAGGGUGUGCAUGCAGCAAGUAUCAGGACUCAGGGAGAUGUGGUCUCUUGUGCAGUGCCAAGCUGAGCCUGAGUCCCUGUCACUUCCUGACCCAGAUCAGGUCCUUGGAUAACUCAGGAGGAGACUGUAUCUCUUACCCCCCCCCCCAAAAUGGGGCCCUUUUCUCAAAUGACUGUUACCCAUGAAGAGCUAGACCCACAAGUGCAAGGUACUGAGUUCGAUCCCCAGUACAAAAGAGCUGGAGUAUCUUUUUUGCUUGCAGACAUUAUGGAAGUUUAGAUGGAAGCUAAAGAAAAUGUGAGGGCAGAAAGCAAAGGACUGUACUGUCAGUCCCUAGAGAUGGAUGCAUCCACAUGCGUCCUGAUCUGUGUGCACACUGAAUCCUUUGCAGAACAUGAGACGGUUCCACAGCUGUGCUGCUUGGCAAGGCAGAGUGACCUUACAGAGCCUCUGUACGCAGGAGCCUGCGGCCUGCCUCACUCUGUACGGCAGCAGUGCCCAGGAAGUGUCACCACGCACUGAAGGACUGUACCUCCUCACCCCGGCUGUAUUCACGCACAGCGUGUGGAGGCCCCGCGCCAGCACUGAAGCACUUUGUCACGCCGGCCUGACCAAUGUGGCUCUGCAUCCUGGCAAUGCCUGCUGUCUCACGGCUUCGCCGGACCAUGGCAUGGGUUCUGACCCACCUCUCUUAAAACCCAUGUUCAAAAUUAUGUGUGAAGCAGAGCAUUUAUGGUCUUUGCCCAUUUGUGUCCUUUGCCUGCGUCUGCACUGCACUGUUUGGCUUUAUAGACCUUACCACAUCCCGAUACUGGCGAUGCGUUUGUCCCACGUCGCCAACUCUUCACUUACGGUCUUUCCUAUUGUUUUACUGCAAUGGAAAAUUUUGUAGUUUACAUUUUCAGCUUUAUUAGUCUUUUAAAAUAUUUAAAAAUACUAUAUAUCAGAAUAUUUAUAUUUUUGGUGAAGAUGUACUUGGCUCCUUUUCGGGGACGUAACAUGUUUAUUCACUGUGGUGUGUGCGUGUCUUCCUGUUGGUGAAAUGAUCCUGUCGUAGGCAAACCCCGCUUUCUCUACGUGGACAACAUUAAAGAUACUUUCCCCUAUAUUUUUCUACUAUUUUGAUGGUCUGAAGAUGUACACAUUUAUCCUGUUUUUGAAUGUAAUUUUUGGCAUGUUAAAAAUCUAAUUUUUUAUGCUUCAUUAUUCCAGAGUUACAUAGCUAAUCAGUGUCUUAGUUACUUUGUUGUUGUUGGGAGAAAAUACCUGAUACCCACAAGUUAGAGGAGGAGAAGUUUAUUUUGGCUCCAGUGACAGAGGUUUCCCUCCAUAGUCAGGGGGCUAAAAGGCAGCAUGGCAGCAUGGCCUGGCUGCAGGACAUUGCAGAGAGAAGCAGCUCCUGGAGAGGCAGGAGAAGCAAAGAGGAAUCAAAGGAGGAGGAAGGAGAUCACCUUUCAGGUUAUGCCCGUAGGGACCCACCUCUUUCUACGAGGCUUCACCUCCCAAUAUCACGUUCACUCAUAAACUCAGUGGACUCACCCGCUGGUGAGAUCGCACACCGUGAUCCUGUCAUUCUCCCAAGCCCCGCCUGUGAGCACAUGAGGCUUCAGGGUGACAACUAGAUACAAACUGUAGCAAUCAUUCAUCUUUGCUAUACUGACGAAACUCCACUUUUAUCACACGCUUUUCCUACAUAAUGUGUUUUCAUUUCCAUUUUUUGUUCCAUUUUCUAUUUUUAUUUGUAAAACGUGAGAAAGUAUACUACUUGAGAUUUAAUACUUUUGUACAAUUUGAUUUCCCAAUACCUUGUGGUUUAAUCUGAUGCCAGUGAUUUUUAUGGUCUUUUUAUAAUUCAGGAAGUCAUUGUGACUGUGAAGACAGGGUCCCAUUAGGUUCUGAUGGAAUUCUGUAUGGAAAGGAACCAUGAGCUCACCUGUAGCAUGAUGGUUGAGUUCUCACCAUGGAUCCCCACUUGCCCACCUGGUGACUCUGGACUGAGGAUCUUGGUGCUCUGUGCAGGGUCACGGUCGUGCAGCAGUCACAGGCAGGAAGGGUGCCUGUGAGGGGUACAGGACAGUGGAGAACAGAUCACUUCAAAGAUAUGCUUUGCAGAGUUGUGGUUGUGAUGUCCCAUGCCUAUAUUCUCAGCUAAUUGGGAGGCCGAGGCAGGAGGAUCCCAUGUUGGAGGCCAUUCUGGGCAACUUAGUGAGAUCCUGU